CUCUCUUUAGUUAGACCUCUUCUGCCGCUGUGCAAGUGGGAGAAUUAAGUCAGAACUGAGAGAGGAGCCGACUUGCUAGAGAAGGGGAACUAGAGAGGGCCUGUUUUGAAUGACAUGCCAGAGUCUGGAUACAUCUUGGUAUUUAGGGGCCCUUCUCCCUGAAGUUUGAGGAGACAGAUUGGGUGGGGUUCUGCAUUCUGAACUGGAGGCAGAAGUCAUAGCACACACCCAUCUCCCCUCCCCAAGUAGACAGUCAUCUGGGGCCUGGAGUGACCAUUCCUUGGAGGGGGCAGGGAGUAGGAAUGGCUGCAGUGCCCCAGGGCUGGGCUUGUGUGAGUGGGGUUAGAACCAAGGUUCCAGCCUCAGGCCCUCCUGUCUCACUGUAAUCUGUUCAAGUUUUUACGGUAAUAUUUGGCCCUGGAUGCUCCCUGUGAAUGCGCUUUGGCAAGUUUAAAGGCACGAAACAAAUGACAAGACUUGUCCUGUCAGUGGGGGAGGAAUGUAGUUAUCCCAGAGUUGAGCUGUAAAUUUGGGAAUCAAGGCAAGUGUCUCAAGUCCUGGUGGUAGGCAGUAUGAUGGUGGACAUUCUGGCUAUAUAGUAUAGAUUUUGAUAUGUUUAUGAAAGCCAGGGUGUAUCAUAUGGCCAGGCCAUGAUGGAGAAUGGUGUGCAGAUUUCAGAGAGGGUGGGGUUAGUCCUUGGGUAACAAAUGGUCAGGGUGUGUGUGUAGCAGUCUGUCGAAGGUUCAGGAGGUAUAAUGCAAUUUUGGGGUGUGUCUUGGGACUGGGGCCUGGGUGUCACAGGUCCCAGUGUGUAUGGAAGUCAAGGUCUGACAUAGGCUGUAUAUGUGUGUGUGUCCUGGGUUUGGGUUUAUUCAGGGCUUGAGGUAUAUCACAGGUUGAAGUGUGUAUCAGGUACGGAUUUAUGUGAAAGUGAGAUGUGUUAUUUAUGUGUGAAGGAUAUUCACAAAGCCAGAUGCAAUAGUAUUAUUAUUGCACAGUCAACUGGUGUGUAUGUCAUGAGAAAUCCUGUUGUGGGGCUGUGUGUGAAUAUGGUUGGGGUGAGUGGGAAGGGAAUAGAAAGCUGAGACUCAAAUUGCAAAGAAGUAGGAAGUCCUUACUACCCCCACCCCUUGUGAGUGCGUGUGUGUGUGUGUGUGUGUGUGUGUGUGUCUGUGUGUCUGUGUGUGUGUCUGUGUGUUUCUGUCCAGAUGAUAAGUCCUGGACCACUACCCAAGUUUUAGAAACACCCCUCUCUUGGGAUACCCCCCUUACAUUGGAGAACAGGUUCCUACCUGGUAACCAUAUACCUUUUUUUCCUGAGGUUUAGGGGGAGGACUCAACAGCAGACUAGACCCCUUCUGGGGACCCUCAGAUGGGCAAGUUUGUCUUCCUUAGCUCUAAUAGAGCCCUUUUCCCCUGCACCCACGUGUCUCCAGUGGUGGGGGUGGGGGGAGGGGGGCUUCCUGCCAAGGCAGAUCUGAGUCUGCAUUUGGAACUUAGCUAGGAUGGGGGUAGGGAACCCGGAGUGUCCCCCUCCCUCCAAUCCGUGUUUACAAACUGAAGUCUGAGUGUGUCUCUGUCAAAAAUAACCCCCUGGAGCCUCCCCCCAGCUGCUCUGGGAUUUUACCAGCCAAGGGUGGCUGCCCAGGCCAGCCUUCAACCUGAGAGAGAGAUCAGUAGGGAGAGGAAGAGAGAUUUGGGGAUGUUUGGGAGGCCCUUAGAAGAUACUGGGAGUCUCUAGAGAGGACAGUGCCUUCUUCCAUUCCUGCCUGUGGCUUUGGCUCCCCAGCUCACCCUUGAGCACCCCACUUAGGGCUUGGGGGUGGCAUUCCAGUUCCUGGCCCCCACAGGCCUGCGCUCCAUCCAGGUCUCUCCAGACCCAUUCAGUUACGUCUCCAUCUCUCCAUCUCGUCCCCUGUCUCCCCCAGUCUCUGUCUCUCUUUUGUUUUUCUCAGCAGUCCUCCCUGCCUGCCUCCCUCGCUCUCUCCCUCCCUCUCUCCCUCUUCCUCUUUCCUCGCAGGGAGGGGGCGGGGCCGGUGGGGGCAGCUCCACCCUCCGCCCGCCCUGGGGCCUCAUUCUGAGAGAGGCUCGGAGAGAGCGAGUGGGGAGGGAGAGAAAGGGAGAAAAGGAAGGGAGCCGGCGGGUGCUGCGUGUGUCUGUGCGUGUGCAAGUGUGAGUGAGUGUGAGUGCCGGGCCCUACCUCUGCUGGUGCCCCGGCGGAGGGGCCUGCUGGCCUGGGGAGGGCGGGCGGGCUGCUUGGAGGCAGAGGCAGAGGCGGCGGCGGGGAGAGCCGAGGAGGAGGAGGAGGAGAGGAAAGAGCGGAGCAGCCAUUGUUGAGGGAAACCUUGCAAACAAAGAAGGCUUCGGACUCCCCGCGGCCCCCCGCCCCCCAGGCCGGCCCCCUGGCCCCCGGUCCCCGGCCCACUGGCCAUUGUAACUUUCCCCCGGGGCUGUGGCCGCCGCGGGGCGGGCCGAGGCCGUGCGUGCGAGUCUUUGUGCAGCCCGCGGAGUGGAGCUCCCCGCCAGGCCUGCCUGUCCCACUCGGGACAUGAGAGGCUGAAGUUGGCCCCCCCUCAGUCCUCACCCCUGCCAGGGCCCCUCUGGGCUCCCAGCCGCUCCCCGCACCUCUCCUGGCCCCCUCAGUUCUCCCAGGUUGUUCCUCAAAGUCAUUCAAGCUGUACUCGCCGAAGGAGCCUCCGAACGGCAACGCCUUCCCCCCCUUCCAUCCCGGCACCAUGCUAGAUCGGGAUGUGGGUCCAACUCCCAUGUACCCGCCUACAUACCUGGAGCCUGGGAUUGGGAGGCACACACCAUAUGGCAACCAAACUGAUUACAGAAUAUUCGAGCUUAACAAACGGCUUCAAAACUGGACAGAGGAGUGUGACAAUCUCUGGUGGGAUGCUUUCACAACUGAGUUCUUUGAGGAUGAUGCCAUGUUAACCAUCACUUUCUGCCUGGAGGAUGGACCAAAGAGAUACACCAUUGGCCGGACCCUGAUCCCACGCUACUUCCGCAGCAUCUUUGAGGGGGGUGCUACGGAGCUCUACUAUGUGCUUAAGCACCCCAAGGAGGCAUUCCACAGCAACUUUGUUUCCCUCGACUGUGACCAGGGCAGCAUGGUGACCCAGCAUGGCAAACCUAUGUUCACCCAGGUGUGUGUGGAGGGCCGGUUGUACCUGGAGUUCAUGUUUGACGACAUGAUGAGGAUAAAAACGUGGCACUUCAGCAUCCGGCAGCACCGAGAGCUCAUCCCCCGCAGCAUCCUUGCCAUGCAUGCCCAGGACCCCCAAAUGUUGGAUCAGCUCUCCAAAAACAUCACCCGGUGUGGGCUGUCCAAUUCCACUCUCAACUACCUCCGACUCUGUGUGAUACUCGAGCCCAUGCAGGAGCUCAUGUCCCGCCACAAGACCUACAGCCUCAGCCCCCGUGACUGCCUCAAGACCUGCCUCUUCCAGAAGUGGCAGCGAAUGGUAGCACCCCCUGCGGAGCCUGCACGGCAGCAGCCCAGCAAACGGCGGAAACGGAAGAUGUCAGGGGGCAGCACCAUGAGCUCGGGCGGUGGCAACACCAACAACAGCAACAGCAAGAAGAAAAGCCCAGCCAGCACCUUCGCCCUCUCCAGCCAGGUACCUGAUGUGAUGGUGGUGGGGGAGCCCACCCUGAUGGGCGGGGAGUUCGGGGACGAGGACGAGAGGCUCAUCACCCGGCUGGAGAACACCCAGUUUGACGCGGCCAACGGCAUUGACGACGAGGACAGCUUUAACAACUCCCCUGCCCUGGGCGCCAACAGCCCCUGGAACAGCAAGCCUCCAUCCAGCCAAGAAAGCAAAUCGGAGAACCCCACGUCACAGGCCUCCCAGUAAAGGCCUCACCACGGCCACCUAGUGCUCUGCCUGCCCGCCCAACCCUUCGAAGCCCCAGGGAGCAGAAGACAGAAUGAAGAGACUGAGCAUCUAAAAUGGGCAGCCUCAUCCACCCACUUCAGGGAGGAACUGGACUCACUGGGGGCAGGUGCCGAGAUGUGCCCCCCAGUGGCCCUGGGCUGGGGCUGCAGAGCCUUUUGGGGGAAGGGGUUACUCAUGUGGAUGCCUGUGUGGACCCUGGGCCUCUGAGAAAUGUCCUGACCACCCCCAGGGCAUUUGCCUCCAUCCUUACCCCAGGUUCUGGGUUCCCCCAUCCUCCUGACUCCACCCCUUGAAGCCUGGGGUUGUCUAUACCCACAGCCCUUAGGGACUUAAAAUUAUGGGGGUUGGUUGAAUGCCCCUCCCCCAAGCCCUCCCCUUAGGUGGCUGGUAGUAGAGGGGUGAAGCUCUGGCUCCUCCCUUCUGCCACCUAUGCCAGCUCCAAGUUUUUUAAAAAAUAAUAUUAUUAAAAAUGUAAGUUUAAAAAAAAAAGUCACUCAUGUCCCCCCUCUUCCCCUUAUUAAAGGUCCAGCUACCUCCCUACGCCUGGCAGAUGGGGAGCUUAGGGCCCAUGUGGAGGUAGGGGGGUAUGCGUUACCAUUUUAUACAGUUUGAGAGCUUCAGACCAAGGAGACACUUUGCCAUCUCUCUUCCCUUUUCCUCUGGGGUGACUGGAGCUGGGGAAGGCUUGCCGUGGGGAAGGGGGCCGUUGAUGGCCUCACUUUGUGACAACCCCCUGCUGUUGUCUCUGUCUCCCCAUCGUCUAGGACUCUGGCCUGCCCUCCUAGUGCUUGUGACUCCUUCUGUCCCAGCCCCCAACCCCCUCCCUCCACGGUGUGUAUAUUCUUUACAGGUCCUCCACUAGAGCAGCUGUCUUGGAUGGGGGGAGGGGGAGGCGCUCUCCCUU